UCUGUAUGCAUUGCAUUUGCAUGCAGUUAUUUAUAUUUAUUUAUAUACCUUUUUUUUUAUUUUUUUAAAUGGCUAAUCGGUUAAAGCCACAGCUUUUCAUCCGAUCCGCUGCGGCCGCCGCUGCUACGACCCCUCUGACGUGGACUUUAUCGAGCGCCUGUUGGUCCAUCAACUCGAACGCUUCAGUUCGUCCUUAGUUAUUCGACGGACGCCGAUUGAGUGAGUCCAGCGUCAUUCGGUGGUCCAAGCAGCAGCAGAUCGCUACCCCGUCGCUUUCUCACAGCUCAACCAACACGACCUUCGCUUUCUGGUCGUGUGAUUCCAGCAAUGGACUUCUCUCUCCCUCUCCCUCAAAAAGCGCCUCUUUUCCUCAACUCUUGAAAUCCUUAUUAUUCUUGUCUGUAGGGUUCCAACUCAACUUUGAAUUUCUGCUUUUCCUUCUACUCCUCUCUGUCAAUCCGAACCGCCUUUUUCUCCAUGCCGGUCGGCCUUCAAUGCCGUGAAUGAUUAUCCGGUGUUGAAUGCCUUGACUUCGAAACUGACAAUUCUCUAAUCAGUUUGGCAUUUGGAUCGCUUUGGUCUUCGUCAACGCUGUAUAACAACAGUGCUGCGCUGUAUUUGUUCGAUGACAAAAAUUGAAGGUGGAUUUUAUUGGGUAAAGCAUAGAUGCAACGUUAAAGAUCUUCUGCCUUUUGUGAAGACCCAUUUGUUACAUGGGAGGCUUGUCGCACCUUUUUGACUUUAAUCACUGUAGUAUGGCAAGGAAGGUUCUCACGCAGAAGAGACAUGGCGGCGGCUUCGAAGCUCCUCGAAACAGCUUGGAAUUUCCAGUAGAAGCUUCACAGAGCUAUACGGCUGUUGGAGACAACACACAGUACUCGUAUCGAGAUGAGUGGCCCGUGAACACCUAUCAAACAGAGGCUUCAAUGAAGAAGUUGAUCAAUGAAGAGAUAUCAAAACAAACAAACACCAGACACAAAGCACCAAGUGUAGUUGCACGCCUAAUGGGAAUGGAUAUGUUACCGAUAGAUUCAAAACCUGUAACCCAACAAUAUGAAAAAAAGAAUGAAAAGCAGAGAAUUAGUUUUUUUAAACAUGACCAGAACACAAAAGUCUCAGGUGACCAGGUCCAUGGUAACUCCAAUUAUUUUGGGCAAAGAGAGUUCGAUUCUUUUCAACUUAACAAGGACAGAGACACCAAUCAUCAGUGUGUUGGUAUAAAGGUGAGAAAGCCAAAGUCUCGAGAGCAUCCUCAAGAGGAGGAACUACAGAAGUUUAAGAAAGAAUUUCAGGAAUGGCAAGCAGCAAGGUUUAGGGAAUGCUCAAAUGCGGUUGAACCUGGCAGAAUUCCCAGCCAGUGGCUUGCUCAAGAGACCCUCAACAGGGAAAAGUUUGCUCUCCAUGCAAAUUCAAGCAGAACCACAGGAGGUGAGAAUCCUUUUGAAAUGAACAGGAAUGAAGUAAAAUCAAGGUCACAGGAUGGCGGUAUGCUAAAACAUCAAGGAAGUAGAAAGGAACAUUUUUCAUCUGAGCCCGAGGGACCAUAUUCUUUAAGGAGUAGAACCCUAAGUAGAGACUCUGAGCUGUUUCCUCUGAUGGAUUCUGGGCCAAGAUUAGACAUGUUUUCUGCUCCAACAAGGAUAGUGAUCCUGAGGCCUGGCCCCGAGCGGAUUAGUGACAAUGAAGGGUCCUGGGUCAGUUCUUCAGGCAUAUCAGAGGAGAGAGGUAGCAUAGAAGAUUUUCUUGAGGAGGUAAAGGAAAGACUAAAAUAUGAGCUGCAAGGUAAAAGUAAAAGAGGAACCAGUGUCAGAGGAGGUGGGAUUGAGACCCCUUAUCGUGAGAAACCAUCUGAACCAAAGCAAAUAGCUCAACGUAUAGCAAAACAAGUCAGAGAAAAUGUUACUAGGGAUCUAGGAAUAAAUUUGCUCAGAUCGGAAUCCACUAGAUCUUCCAGAAGUGAGAUUCAGCAUAAUGGACCAGGUUGUCCUGAGUUCAUCAACAAAGAUACCAGGAGAGUUUUAGCAGAGAGGCUGAGGAAUGUUAUCAAGGGGGAGACAGAUCUGCAUGUUCCCACAGCUGCUACUGGCGGCUCAAACUCUGCCAUGCUGGAUAAAAUGAGGGGCAGACGAGGAAAGUCGGUGGGUGACUUGAAGCCUGGAGGUAAACUCAACUGCUGGGAUAUCAUGGAAGAUGAACCAGAAAUGCAGACCAAAUCCUUCAGACAUGGGCCUGAUGAUGUUGUAAUGCAUCAUAGGGAUUUAUCUCCCAGAAACCUCAGCAGAUCCUUGUCAGCUCCUGUAUCGGGAACAUCGUUUGGGAAGCUACUCUUAGAAGACCGCCACAUUUUAACUGGGGCUCACAUCAGGAGGAAGCAUGAAGCAAUUGAAAGUGUUACAGUUGAUGUGAGGAAACAUAAGAAGGAAAGGUUCAAUUUCAAAGAAAAAGUUUCCAGCUUUAAAUACAGUUUCACUCUUAGGGGGAGGCUGUUUCGCAGAAAGAUUCAGUUGUUAGAGAAGCCACACAAGAAUGAAAGUGAUUCCAAGAAAGAUAUUACAAGUGAACUGACUGGUGUGAUGAAUUUUGGGGAGAGGCAUGAGAACUACACUGAGGUGCCACCAAGCCCAGCAUCUGUAGGCAGCAGUGUUCAUGAGGAGGUAUGGAGGGCUGCAGAACAUCUUAGCUCAGCAUCAACACCAGAUAUAUCUCCGCUAGAAGAUUCUACGGUGCCUCGGGUUUUCAAAGAGAUCAGCCAUAAUCUAAAUGAGUUGCGGAUGCAACUGCUAGAACUUGAAGGGGAUAGUCUCAAUGAGACAGUUAUUGAAGAGCAGACCCUGGAAGCUGAAAUGGAACUAGAGGAUGAAGCAGAAGCUUACAUAAGAGAUUUGCUGGUUGCUUCUGGUGUGUAUGAGUCUUCAUCUGACAAGGUUUUAUCAAGAUGGGACCCAUUUGCAAAGCCUAUAAGCACUGAGAUCUUUGAAGAAGUAGAAGAGUCUUAUAGGAAAAUGAUGAAGGAUCACGAAGAGUCCGAAGGGGAUGAAGGAGAGAUAAAGGUCAAUCGCAAGUUGUUACUUGAUUUGGCCAAUGAAGCACUUUCAAUUAUACUAGGACCGCCUGUAACCAUGUCUAGAUUCAGGAAGAAGGCUAUUGGUCCCACACCACGUCCUCCACUUGGAAGGAAGUUAUUGGAUUGUGUGUGGGUGAUCGUUCGUGCACAUCUAUAUCCUCCAACUGACAAAACCUGUUACUCACUUGAUGAUAUGCUGGCCAGAGAUCUCAGAUCCACCCCUUGGUCUGGGUUGAUGAAUGAAGAAAUUGAUGCUCUGGGGAAAGAUAUGGAAUCCCAUAUUAUCGGGGACCUAAUUAAAGAAAUAGUGAAGGACAUUUUCCAAAACAGAUGAUAAUCCUUCUGUAUUUCCAUGGUCAGAGGCACUGUGGUAAAGGGUGAGGAAGCUCAGAAACUCGUGGCAUCAAGGCUCAGUUUUUUUGUUGGUUUAUUGCUAGUAUUUACAGGAUAUAGCGUGAAUUGCUUCUGUUGUUCAUGAUGCUUGUGGGUUAGGAUAGGGAUUUGGUUUGGGGUUGAUUGUGAUUGUACAUUAUCUUGUCAACAGUGUUAAUUUUGAUAAAUUGAUUUCUUAUCAAUUUGGCAAUCUACUGUAUUGCUCUCAAAUUCCAGGAUAACAAAAGAUGUUGAACAACAAAUUUUGAUAUUUAUACAUAAUGAAGCUCCCCUGUUGCCUGC